AUGGGACUGGCUGGGCCCAGUUGUGCAGGAGAGGAGAACUGGGUGGACAGCAGGACCAUCUACGUGGGACACAAGGAGCCGCCUCCGGGAGCAGAGGCCUACAUUCCACAGAGAUACCCUGACAACAGGAUCGUCUCCUCCAAGUACACGUUUUGGAACUUCAUACCCAAGAACUUAUUUGAACAAUUCAGAAGAAUAGCCAACUUUUACUUUCUCAUCAUAUUUCUGGUACAGCUGAUCAUCGAUACACCCACCAGUCCCGUGACAAGUGGACUCCCGCUGUUCUUUGUCAUCACUGUCACCGCCAUCAAACAGGGCUACGAGGACUGGCUCCGUCACAAGGCCGACAAUGCUAUGAACCAGUGUCCCGUGCACUUCAUCCAGCACGGCAAGCUCGUCCGCAAGCAGAGCCGGAAGCUGAGAGUUGGGGACAUCGUCAUGGUCAAGGAGGAUGAGACCUUUCCCUGUGACUUGAUCUUCCUCUCCAGCAACCGUGGAGAUGGGACCUGCCACGUCACCACUGCCAGCUUGGAUGGGGAGUCAAGCCAUAAAACACACUACGCGGUCCAGGACACCAAGGGCUUCCACACGGAGGAGGACGUCGAUCGCCUGCAUGCCACCAUCGAGUGUGAGCAGCCGCAGCCCGACCUGUAUAAGUUCGUGGGCCGCAUCAAUGUGUACAGCGAUCUGAACGACCCUGUGGUGAGGCCACUGGGAUCAGAAAACCUGCUUCUCCGAGGAGCCACGCUCAAGAACACUGAGAAGAUCUUUGGUGUGGCCAUCUACACAGGCAUGGAGACCAAGAUGGCCUUGAACUAUCAGUCGAAAUCCCAGAAGAGAUCUGCCGUGGAAAAGUCAAUGAAUGUGUUCCUCAUCGUCUACCUCUGCAUUCUGGUGAGCAAGGCGCUGGUCAACACUGUGCUCAAGUACGUGUGGCAGAGCGAGCCCUUCCGGGAUGAGCCCUGGUACAACCAGAAGACCGAGUCGGAGAGGCAGCGGAACCUGUUCCUCAGGGCCUUCACGGACUUCCUGGCCUUCAUGGUGCUCUUCAACUACAUCAUCCCCGUGUCCAUGUACGUCACCGUGGAGAUGCAGAAGUUCCUUGGAUCCUACUUCAUCAGCUGGGAUGAGGACAUGUUCGAUGAGGAGACAGGAGAGGGGCCUCUGGUCAACACGUCCGACUUGAACGAGGAGCUGGGUCAGGUGGAGUACAUCUUCACGGACAAGACGGGCACACUCACAGAGAACAACAUGGCAUUCAAGGAGUGCUGCAUCGAAGGUCAGGUCUACGUGCCCCACGUCAUCUGCAACGGGCAGGUCCUGCCUGACUCCUCUGGCAUCGACAUGAUUGACUCUUCCCCGGGCGUCAGUGGGAGGGAGCGGGAGGAGCUUUUUUUCCGGGCCCUCUGUCUCUGCCACACUGUGCAGGUGAAAGAUGACGACCAGGUGGACGGCCCCAGGAAGUCACCGGACUCAGGGAAGUCCUGCGUGUACAUAUCAUCCUCGCCUGACGAGGUGGCGCUGGUGGAAGGCAUCCAGAGGCUCGGCUUCACAUACCUGCGGCUGAAGGACAACUACAUGGAGAUUCUCAACAGGAACGAUGACAUCGAGAGGUUUGAAUUGCUGGAGAUUCUGAGUUUUGACUCUGUGAGAAGGAGAAUGAGUGUCAUCGUCAGAGCUGCCACAGGAGAAAUCUAUCUGUUUUGCAAAGGAGCGGAUUCUUCCAUAUUUCCCAGGGUGACAGAAGGCAGAGUGGACCAGAUCCGAGCCAGGGUGGAGCGCAAUGCAGUGGAGGGGCUCCGCACGCUGUGUGUGGCCUACAAGAGCAUGGCCCCCGAGGAGUACGAGGGCGCCUGCAGACUGCUGCAGGCCGCCAAGGUGGCCCUCCAGGACCGGGAGAAGAAGCUCGCAGAGGCCUACGAGCAGAUUGAGAGGGACCUCAUCCUGCUUGGUGCCACGGCCGUGGAGGACAGGCUCCAGGAGAAAGCAGCCGACACCAUCGAGGCGCUGCAGAAGGCGGGCAUCAAGGUCUGGGUGCUCACCGGGGACAAGAUGGAGACGGCUGCGGCCACCUGCUACGCCUGCAAGCUCUUCCGGAGGAACACGCAGCUGCUCGAGCUCACCACCAAGCGGAUCGAGGAGCAGAGUCUGCAUGACGUCCUGUUCGAGCUGAGCAAGACCGUCCUGCGCUGCAGCGGCAGCCUGACCAGGGACAACUUCUCAGGACUCUCAGCGGAUAUGCAGGACUACGGUUUAAUUAUUGAUGGCGCGGCGCUGUCAUUAAUCAUGAAGCCCCGAGAGGACGGAAGUUCCAGCAACUACCGAGAGCUCUUCCUGGAGAUCUGCCGGAACUGCAGUGCUGUGCUCUGCUGCCGGAUGGCGCCCUUGCAGAAAGCCCAGAUUGUUAAGUUGAUCAAAUUUUCAAAAGAGCACCCCAUCACCCUGGCCAUCGGUGAUGGCGCCAAUGACGUCAGCAUGAUCCUGGAGGCCCAUGUGGGCAUAGGGGUCAUUGGGAAGGAAGGCCGGCAGGCGGCGCGGAACAGCGACUACGCGAUACCCAAGUUCAAGCACUUGAAGAAGAUGCUUCUGGUCCACGGGCAUUUCUACUACAUCAGGAUCUCUGAGCUGGUGCAGUACUUCUUCUACAAGAACGUCUGCUUCAUUUUCCCCCAGUUUCUGUACCAGUUCUUCUGUGGGUUCUCACAACAGACCCUGUACGACACCGCGUACCUGACCCUCUACAACAUCAGCUUCACGUCCCUCCCGAUUCUGCUGUACAGCCUGAUGGAGCAGCACGUGGGCAUCGACGUGCUCAAGAGAGACCCUUCGCUAUACAGGGACAUCGCCAAGAACGCGCUGCUCCGCUGGAGGGUGUUCACCUACUGGACCUUCCUGGGGCUAUUUGAUGCGCUGGUGUUUUUCUUUGGUGCUUAUUUCAUGUUUGAAAACACAGUCGUGACCAGCGGUGGACAGAUGUUCGGGAACUGGACCUUUGGGACACUGGUGUUCACGGUCAUGGUGUUCACCGUCACGCUGAAGCUGGCUCUGGACACACACUACUGGACUUGGAUCAACCACUUUGUCAUCUGGGGGUCGCUGCUGUUCUACAUUGUCUUUUCCCUGCUCUGGGGAGGCAUCAUCUGGCCAUUCCUCAGUUAUCAGAGGAUGUACUACGUGUUCAUGCACAUGCUGUCCAGUGGGCCCGCCUGGCUGGGCAUCAUCCUGCUCAUCACCGUCAGCCUCCUCCCGGAUGUCCUCAAGAAAGUCCUGUGCAGGCAGCUGUGGCCGACAGCGACGGAAAGGACCCAGAGCUCACAGCCACAGGAGUCGGUGUCCAGACUCGUCCCUCUCUCCUCUCUGCAGAGCGCAGGUGCACAGAGCCCCAGGCCCUUGGCUGCCCUGGGCGACUUCUGCCUAGGAAGGCAGGCGGGGUGCGCCCGGGGGCGGGGCGCUGUGCCCCCCACGGGGCCUCUCCGGCAACUGCUGUGGAUCCAGCCUGAGGCGUGGGUGCUGGGGCCCGCUCAGAGCCCGUGCCACGGUGGACAGUGCCCAGGCCCAGCGCUGCAAGCUGUGCUCGCUAGUGCCUGUGCACUCGUGCACCUCUCCUGGUGCCCAAGGAGGCGAAGCCCUGGCCGCAGGCCACUCUCUGGGGCAAGCACACCACAGUCUUUCGUCCCCUGCCCAUGGCCUCCAGCUCCAGCUGGACUGUGAACGCAGACCUCGCCUCGGCCCCUCCUCUGCACUGCAGCUGCAGGCUGGCUUCACCCAGGCCUGUGUCAACCCCGUCACCAUCUCUGUGUCCUGUCACCUGAAGAGCCGUCCUCUAGUCUGUACCUCCAUGCCCAGCCCCCAUCCACAGCCGUCCAGCUCACACACGCCACCCUCGGCACCAGGCCCCUCUGCGCUUCCCCCCUGCUGCUGCAGGCUGGACGCCCCGCCUGACCCCGAGGGCGUGUCCACCUCCCGGCCCUGCGGCCUGGCCCGGCCGGUUGCCCACUACCUUAAGAAGCAGUUGUUCCUGACUACAUCUGAGUCUCCUGAGGAGGGAGCUUGGCAGGGAUCCAGGUCCCCUCUCCUGUCACCAGCUGCCCUUGGAGGAGGACAUUGUCAUGGCGUGAGCCUGCGUGGUGUGCGCCCCUGGCUGCCACACACCCACGUGGGAGUUGCCAGUUCGCCUUCCUGGAAGGGGGUUCCGGGGUGCUGGGGAAAGGUGGUGGUCCGGGGCAGGGCAGGGAGAGGUCUGGCUGGCGGUCAGACACCCACCCCUGCCGUUUGUACCGAGGUGUGGUCCUCCGAAGCCUGUCCUAGCCAGUCAGUCCCAGCGGGCAUGCUGCUUAGCAGCCCCUCCACGCCUCCCCAGGUGGCUCCUGCUGUCCUUCGCAGCCCUCCUGCCUGGGAACCUGGCCAAGGUGUGUGUUGGAGGGGACAGGCGAUGGGGGCUCUGUGUUACGGAGCUCCUGCUACCUGGGCUGUGGUCUGUUUCUGGGAGACUCUACCUGAUGGCCUUGGUGGACCUGUCUUAGAGGAGACACUUGGAGGCUGGAGCCUCAGCCUGAGGGAGGAAGGCCAGUGCCCUCCAUGCAGUGGCCCAUAACGGGGACAUGCUGUUCCCCAGCUGCUCGAGAGCAGAGGUCUGGGGAGUGCCGGUUCCCAGGCAGUGUGAGGUCUCACCUGCUCAACCCUUAGUCUCACAGCAGUGGCCCCACCAUGGGUAGGUCAGAGCAGGACACUGUACCAAAGAGGGGUGGCCUCCCCGGCUGAGGACAGAGGACGUCGUGCCCCCCAGCCCCUUGCCGCUGGCCUGCUCUCGCCCCAGUCACUUCCGUGUCACCCCUGUGGCAGCCAACCGUGGCUAGGGCCCACACUAACCUGCAGACAGUGGUGUGUGCCCGUCGCAGCCCUUCUGAAGAGCCCAGGAGGGUCUGGACGUGACACCUGCAGGGCACAGGCUCGCCGAACGAUUAUCAACAAAUUGUUUGUAUCGUAUUUUUUUAGAGAUCUUGAAGUUGCCUUUGCGCUGAACUAUUUUCAUAGCUCUUUAUAUCUCUUUUAUCCUUUGUUAACAUAUCUGACUUUUAAAGUAUGUUUUUAGAGCUUUAAUGCCUAAGUUCGUGGAAUCGUGGCCACUUUAUGUUUCUGUUCUGGUGAGAAUUCCACUGUAUGUUCCAAUUUCUGAUGACUGUGAAUCUCUGGAUCAGAUUUGGUUCUCCAUGUCUCUGUUUCCUGGUGUUUCUGGGGCAGCAGUGAGUUCGGGGGCAUGUGAAGGUCACGAUGAUUUGCUCUUCUUUGUCCUCACGGUUCUCUGCAAUGUCGUCUGCUUUCCGUUUUGUUUUGUUGUUAAUUUCCAUCCCUCAGCCUUAAAAAUAGGAGAUUCCUGCUUGAGGGUUUGGUCGGCUCGACCCUGUUCUGCCUGAGUGGAGCCUCGGGUCUGGGUGUGAGACCCUCGCAGCGUCGUCUUACUCCCGGGAGGUUACUAAAGGGAUGUGUCUAGUGAUGGAAACAGGCACAGGCUGAAACGGAGGAGGAGACCCACGAAGGGGCCCUGCGCUCGGCUCCGUUUCCCGCCACAGUAACUUUAAAGCAGGAACGCCAGCAGUGAGCAUUUUUCGUAGCUUUGAAAAUCUCCUGCCAUGUGAAGGAAGGAAUCAUCACCUGUGAGGAUGACCGGUCAUGCACACCCCGUCUGCACACAGCACGUCAGCUCCUGCCAGCCGUCUGGCGACGCGCAUUCUCUCCCGUCCCAUGCCUAUGUGUGAGCUCACACGUGUGUGUGCACACCCACACUGCUCUCUCGUCCUGGGCACCCUGCCCCCUUCUGAGGCUCCCAUGAGGGGCUGUGGCCUGGCUGGGAAGACGAGCUCUCACGUGCGCACAGCUCACUCUGCAAAAAUGAGGCUGCCCUGCAGGUACACGGGCCUGCGGACGACUCCCCGCCUGGACUAGGAUGCAGUCGCCUCCCAGGGAGGUCCAGCCCCAAGUCACGGUGGAGCAACAGGGCCCAGGUCCACGGGAACUGCACACACGCCCCUGUGCUUCUGAGCACACCAGCGCCUUCUUCCACAAAGUCCCGCCCACCCAUUCCGAGCACAAGCAGACCAAAGGCCAUGCCCAGGACACCUACGCUGGCCAGGAGGCCUGGAUGCUGAACUGGAAAGAGUGGACCCUGGGCACCCACGGCAGGUGCUCUCAGUGGGCCUCUGAGCAUUUUGCAGCUUUGCCUGGAGAACUCCGGGGUGGGGGUGAGGGAGCUGCUCCAGUUGCCAAGCACCAGCCAGCGUCGGGUCCAGAGGAAGCGCGCCCCUGGGUCCUGGAACCGCCAGGUCCGUGUGCUCUGCACCGGCCGGCACUGAACUAACAACCACUCUUGUUCCACCUCGAUGUUAUUUAUUGACAACACAGUAUAACUACAGGUCCUCGCGUUCUACAUUUCUUUUGGAGAUUGCCCAUUUGUUACUUUAAAAACAGGAAAAAUAUCAGUUGGCGAAUGCAAUCUUUUUUUUUUUUUAACCAGAGGCAGGUGAGUGGGAAUGAAACUCAUUCUAAUGCUGUGUAAACAAAGCUUUAAUGAAGGUAUGUUGGAAGUAUUAUGAAAGUGAUUCUACUUUUGCAGAAAAAUCUUAAGAUCAAUUUAUAUAGCUUUAUUUUUUACUUUAUCAGGAUACUCAGAAUUUUAAUAUGCCUAUAUUGUCUCUGACUUAAAAUAACAUGUCUGCAUUACCAUUUAAAAUGCCCAUUCACUAUGUAAUGUAAUAAGAGAGAAUCUUCAAAAAUGUAUUUAAUGUGAACGGUAUCUAUAGCUGUCAUCAUCAUAAACACUGGAAUUUAUUUUUUAAAUUAUCAAAUGUGGUAGGUACAUUUAACAUAUAUCAUCCUCCAAACAGUAACAUUCAGCUGAUAAUUCGUUAACUUGCUUUGAAAAAUUAAAUUGUGAUUUAAACCAAAUCAGACAUUUCUGUAAAGUUUAUUUUGUAUGCUACUGUUUUUAACUUUUAUUUCUGUAGCAAAAGUACAACUUGAUGAUCUUAAUUAUAUUGGAUUUUUCUGUAGAUUAUCCAAGCAGAAGACAUGAAUUUGCUCACAAUAAAUACCAAAAAAAUCUGCUUCCAUCUCCUUACAAAUA